UAGAACAUAACACAGUUUUCAACUCGUAUUAGAAUAUAGCACUCAUUUGGACUCGUAACGAGUUCAAAACAGCUUCCCACUGUAAUAGAAGACAUUAGUAUUUUUCAUCUCGUAACGAGUUUAAAGACUGCCACCCGUGUGACCACUAGUCGUAUAUCGCUUAGACAUGCAACAGCUUUUUAACAGUUUUUUUUCGUGUUUUUCAAACACUGGUUUGUAUUUUCGCAACAACGAACUGUGAAAUUUUCUGAAAUCUGCAGUUUCGUAGAGCAAACAUUUCUCUACAAGAUGGCGUAUAGUCGAUAUUCUUAAAGUUGCUUAGUUUCCUUGAAAAACGUUUUUGAUGACCCAGCCGUUAAACAAAUCAUUUUUUAAAAAACAGGACAAAAAAACUGUUGCAUGCGCAGUAUCGUUCGAUUGCAGACGAAAUGUAUCUACAUUUUGCUCAUAGAUGAUGUUUGUUUCGGAUUAUUUCUAGAUUCCUAUUCAUCAAAGUUACACAAUCUUAUAUUAAAACAUAAUCAAUAUGAUAUGUCAAUAUUUCUUAGUAAUCAAUUAUUUUCUGGUGUUAAAAAUAUUGAUGGUUUACUCGAUUUACGAUUAUUAACAUUUUAUAUGGAUGAUGAACAAAAAUCGAACAAAUUUAUAAGUAUGACAUCACCAACAAUAGAUAUGAAUCAAAUUGAUAAUAGUAAUUAUACAUUUAUUGAAGAUCGAUUAGAAAAAUUAUUACAAUUAGCAAAAAAUAUUAAUUAA